GAUUUUUCUUUUAGUGCGAGGCUCUGUCCUUUUAGUUGAAAAGUGGGCCGAGCAAAGAGCGUGACGCAAGAGAGGGCGGUACAGGUGCUGGGAGGGCGGUGGGGAGGCUCGGCCUCCGCGCACUUUCCCCGCAGCCGGCAGCGGGGCAGCCUUGCGUCCUGCACCCUCUGCACCACCAGCCCAGCUUAAGACGCGUCCUCUCCUGCACCGCGGCUUCCCAGGCUUUCUCAAGCUCUUGAUGCUGCCCAGCUGAAAGGAGAAGAUGGGCACCGGAGAUUUCAUCUGCAUUUCCAUGACUGGAGGGGCGCCCUGGGGGUUCAGACUGCAAGGAGGCAAGGAGGAGAAGCAGCCUUUGCAAGUUGCAAAGAUUCGAAGCCAGAGCAAGGCGUCGGGCUCUGGGCUGCGUGAGGGGGAUGAAGUGGUGUCCAUCAAUGGCAACCCCUGUGCAGACCUUACUUACCCCGAAGUCAUCAAGCUUAUGGAAGGCAUAACGGACUCUCUGCACUUGCUUAUUAAAAGACCCUCUAGUGGAACAAGUGAGACUUUGGAUUCUGAAUCAGGAACUACAAACCAUCAGCAUCUUACACAUGAGGGGCCCACGGAAAGUACCACCCUGCAGAUUCAGCAAGCCACCGAGACCCAGAGCAAAGACUUCUUUCUUGCUCCAGUCCAGACAAAAGUUCCCCUAACUGAGGACCAAAGCAAUGCCUGGGGUUAUGCAGAAUGUCCAAAACAAGAACAAGUUCCCCCGAUGCUUGGUUCCCAAGAAGGACACUUGGUAGAAGAGGUCAUCUUAAGGAAAAAGGCAGAAGCAGGCCAGCCAGGCCAUGUGGUUGAGCUACAGCUGUCCCUCUCAAAGGAAAGACAUCAAUGCACCAGUGGCCCUAUAGUGACUCUCCAGGGAAAUGAAAAAUUCAAGUCUCCAGACCCAGACUGGAGCUCACAACACGAGAGGACUGUCCACAUAAAUUCGAUCCCUGCUCCUGAGAAAGCAGACACUUCUCUGACGUCCAGCACCUCCAGUGGCCGAGAGUUGAGAGUGAUCCAGGGAAGAGACCCAGGAGGCGCAGGGCUGCCCCAGGUGGAAGUGAUUCUAGAUUGCUCUGACAGGCUGAAGGCUGAAGAGUGCAGGCUGCAGACAGGAAGGGGGUGUGUGGCUUCUCCCGUGGAAGGAGGGCGGUCAGAAGCGCCUCCUUCUCUGGUCUCCUUUGCGGUCUCGUCAGAAGGCACCGAGCACGGAGAAGAUCAACGCUCGGGAAAGGAUCACAGCAGACCACACAAGCACCGCGCACGCCAUGCUCGGCUCAGGAGGAGUGAAAGUCUAUCUGAAAAGCAAGUGAAAGAAGCAAAGUCUAAAUGCAAAAGCAUCGCCCUCCUCCUAACAGAUGCUCCCAACCCAAACUCCAAGGGGGUGUUGAUGUUUAAGAAGCGGAGGCGGAGGGCCCGGAAGUACACCCUAGUCAGUUACGGUACUGGCGAGCUUGAGCGAGAGGAGGAAGAGGAGGAGGAGGACCAGGAAGCAGGUGACAAGGACGAGAUAAGUGACGUUGCAUUUCUUGGAACCAGUGAGUCGGAAGUGGAUGAAGAGUUGCUGUCUGACAUUGACGACAACACCCAAGUUGUGAACUUUGAUUGGGAUUCUGGACUGGUGGACAUUGAAAAGAGACUCAACCGAGGGGACAAGAUGGAGAUGUUGCCAGACACCACAGGCAAAGGAGCGCUCAUGUUUGCCAAGAGGAGAGAGAGGAUGGAACAGUUCACAGCCCAAAAUGAAGAGGAGAAGACGGGUGGGAUGGCAGGUGGAGGACCGGAUGCCCUGCAGACGGACGGUCUGAGAACUAUGACUUCUUAUCAGCGAAAAGAAGAAUCGGUAAGAAUGCAGAGCUCUGUGAGCGAAAGUUCCUUCCAGAUGGGACGUAGUCUUGCCAGUGUGCCACAACAGAAUGGCUUCAGUGGAGUGUCAGAGACAGCAGGGGCCCAGAGGAUGAUCCCUAUGAAUAGAACCGCCAAGCCCUUCCUAGGAUCUAUGAACCAGCCAGCAGCACCAUUCUCCCCAACGCGGAGUGUGACAAGUCCCAUCUCUGACUUCCCGGCUCCGCCACCAUACUCUGCGGUCUCACCUCCACCGGAAGCCUUCUCCAGGGGGAUAUCAAGCCCAGUGGCUGGCCCAGCACAGCCCCCUCCAUGGCCCCAGCCUGCUCCAUGGUCACAACCAGCCUUCUAUGAUUCAUCUGAACAAAUAGCUUCCCGCGAUGAGAGAAUCGCAGUGCCGGCCAAAAGAACGGGAAUACUGCAGGAAGCCAAAAGACGAGGCACAACAAAACCCAUGUUUACUUUCAAAGAAACCAAAGUAAGCCCCAACCCCGAACUCCUGUCACUUCUUCAAAAUGCAGAAGGCAAGCGAGGCACUGGAGGGGACUCUGGGCCGGAAGAAGACUACCUCAGUUUAGGCGCAGAGGCUUGUAACUUCAUGCAGAGUUCUGCCAAACAAAAGACCCCACCUCCUGUCGCUCCAAAGCCUACAGUCAAGUCCUCCUCUUCCUCCCAACCGGUAGCCCCAGUUUCUCCAGUCUGGUCUCCAGGAGUGGCUCCAGCCCAGCGUCCUGCCUUCUCCACAUCAAAUCCACCGAACCCACCACAGGUCACUGCUGUGUCCUCCAUCAAAAUAGCUCAGCCUACCGCCCCUCCUGCCCGGCCCGCGAGUGCGCUGAACCUGGCUGGUCCUUUCAAAGGUCCCCAAGCAGUAGUGGUCAGUCAUAACUACACGCCCAAGCCAUCAGCGCCCACACCAUUAGUAAAUGCUGCUCCUGCUGGUGCAGGGGGACCAUCCAAUGAGCUUCCUGGAAUGAGUGGGAAAGGAGCCCAACUCUUUGCUAAAAGGCAGUCAAGGAUGGAGAAGUAUGUGGUAGAUUCCGACACAGUGCAGGCCCACACAGUUCGGGCCCAGUCUCCCACUCCAUCCCUGCCCGCCAGUUGGAAGUACUCCUCCAACGUCCGAGCACCCCCGCCCGUGGCCUACAAUCCUAUCCAUUCCCCCUCUUACCCACUGGCUGCUAUCAAGUCUCAACCACCGGGUGCCCAGGCUUCCAAAACGAGCAAGAAAAAGGGCAAGAAACCUCUUAACACUUUGGAUGUCAUGAAGCAUCAACCGUAUCAGCUCAACGCGUCUUUGUUUACCUUUCAACCCCCUGAUUCAAAGGAUGGCCUCCCUCAAAAGUCAACAGUCAAGGUCAGUUCAGCCCCGGCCAUGAAGCAAGCCCUCCCUCCCCGGCAGGCGGCUGUUGGGUCUCCCACAAAUGCACAGGCUUCUUCUGUGUACUCCGUACCAGCUUAUACCUCUCAGCCCAACUUCUUUGCGGAGGCCACCUCACCCGUCAGCGCAUCCCCGGUGCCUGUGAGUGUCCCCACCUCUCCGAAGCAAGAAUCGACCUCCACAUCCUAUUUUGUGGCUCCAAGGCCGAAGUUCUCAGCCAAGAAAAGUGGGGUCACAGUUCAGGAGAACGGGCGCUCCCUUUCUCUCCCUGGAAGAUCGGCCCCGCCCAUCAUUUCUGCAUCUCCCUGGCUGUACCAGUCUGCUUACAGUUACUCCAGCAAACCAACCUUUGAGCUGGAGAAAGCUAACAAGAGACCGACACCUUGGGAAGCAGCAGCCAGGUCCCCUCUCGGUCUAGUGGAUGAUGCCUUCAGACCCAGGAACAUCCAGGAAUCCAUCGUGGCGCAUGUAGUCUCCGCAGCUCGGAGGAAGGUGUCUCCAGGGUCCCAAGAGGACUGGAAAGAGAGACUGUCCUUUGUCCCUCAAACUCAGAAGACCAACAUGAGCUUUUCGGAAAGGCAAGAGUAUCCUGCCCCAUCCCCAGUCAACAGCCAUGUGUCUAGCCACUCCUUAUAUAGUUCCCAGUUGCCAUAUGUGUGUUAUAGGCAGGAGUCCAGAAAUGAUUUGAAAGCGAUGUCCAUGGAGACGAGGUCUGAAUAUUGUCUUCCAUUGGGUGGUUAUGACUAUAACCCACACCCAAGGGGGCGGAGACACCAACCGUGAAAGCUUGUGUGACAAUUGUGUGGAUUUUGUUGUUAGAGAGCUGUGGUAGGGUUCUUUAUUUUUAAAAAUAGACUUAAACCCACGUUUAGUCCUCAGUGGCUCUCACAGAUCAUUUCUCUGAGUGUACAUGUGUGUAAACACACAAGCGUGCAUCACUUCCUUAUCUGCCAAUGCCUAAGGAACUGCUAGGUAGACAAGAGUCAGAGUGGGCAGGGCGUGGUGGCAAACACCCGUAAUCUCAGUGCAUAUGAGACAAGUCAGGAAACCAGCAAUUCAAGAAAAUUCUCAGGCACAUAGUUUGAGGCCAGCCUAGGGUACCUAAGACCUUGCCUCAAAAGGAUUACUUUCUUGCAUUGAUAUUCUGGCACUUAUAUAAAAAAAUUCAAAGUAUUAAUUUCAUUUGUAAGAAGCCCCAUGCAACUCAACUUUGUCUUCGUGUAAAGACAACAAAUCCAAACAUUUUCUUCUGCAUGCCUUAGCCAAUAAAAAAAAUUAUUAGACUAGAAUGUAGUGAUUACCAGUAUUUCUAAUAGUGAGGAAUAUAAAAUUCUUUGUAUAAAUAUAACAUGCAUUUGCCAUUUACUUUGUUCAAAUCCACCUGUCACCCCAUUGCCUGUCCCCGUGCCUCUAGACUUUCCUCUGGCUGGUUCCCAUCCUUUCUAUAAGGACAAAUUUCUAAGGCAAGCCCACAAGAAGUAAUAAUCAUACAGAAAAGAAUUUCCUUGGUGUUAUUUCAAACAUUUCUCUAACACAUGUUAGGUGUAGUUCAGAUGAAUUAGAAGGCUGAAAUGGAAAUGUUCUAUUCUUCUUCUUUUGUUUGUUUGCGACAGUCCCUUACUGUGUAGCCCUGACUGGUGUGGUACCCCUUUUGGAGCCCAGGCUAUCCUCAAACUCAUGGUUCCACCCUGCCUCAACCUAUGCAGUGCUAGGAUUUCAGGUGGGCACCACUGUGCCUGGACAGGGUGGGAAUGUUUUUAAGACAGGAAUAUGUCAGGGUGAGGUUACUACACAAGCCAUAUGGACUUAGAAGAAAACUGCAAUGUAUGGAAAGCACACAUCUAGGCAUUAGAUUUAUUUCCAAUCUAUUUAAAGCCAGCAGCCCGAGACGGGAAGACAUGAGCUGAAGUGUUCUCAUUCGUCAGAUGAGAAGGCUGGGUUGUCUAAUUGCUUAGGUUCUUUACAAUUCUGCUAUCUCGAGAUCUUCUCGGUUGAAUGACCUUUGAUGCAUUGUUUGUGGUGGCUAAUCACAUAGAUAUCAGAUUAACUUUAGGAGUGGACGAGGUCAUUAGUGCCAAGAAAUGCGUCACUAAAGAUCCCAAAAGGAAUUUCUAAGUGGCUGGUUUCGUGUAUGUGGAGUGAAGAUUGAUGUAAAGAUAAAACUAUUCAUGGAUUUAAGGAAGUAGUAGAUGAAUGUGCCUGUCAUUGUGCAACUGAUGUGCCUGAUCGCUUAUAGAAAUAAACAGGAGAAGUAUACACACAAGGGCUGCUUCUGAGCUGUACAGAGGAAGUUAGGCAGCUAACUUGCCUCUCCACUAACCAACCCAGCCUUAUAAGCAUGACCACGAACAGAUCAACACCAGCUCCUUACCAACAUACCUAAAAGUGUUAACUACAAGGGAAUUCAAAGUAGUUCAUAUCAUUAUCAAGUUUAUUCAGAGUCUUUUUUAAUUUAAAAAUUCUGCUUGGCUUUUCAAACAUGAUAAUUUUGCUUUAUUUUCCUUUCAUCUUAUCAUCAUGAUGGUAUCUCCCACAGAAUAAAAACGGACUAUGAGGAGGCAGACAGUCUGUUGCAUUAGAAGUUACAAAAAAGAAAAUUGAAGAAUUCUCAGUAAGUGGCAAGAGUGGCCACAUGCUAAUUUGUUCAAUCUUGCAGCAAAGAGAUAGAUAACUACUUCCCAAAAUAUGAUUGCUAGCCUUAUGCCUGCAUCACUCUGAGGGAUGAAGAAAAAAGGUUGCUGAAAAUUCCAUGCCAGCCUGAACUACACGUUUUAUAAAAACUAGAGCAAAAGCUUUCACUGUUAAUUUGUCUAAAUCAAUAUAGUGUUAAUUCCCUUAAAGUAUAAAAUAUAAUUCUUGGCAUCCAUGAGGGUUUUUUUUUAUGUAUAGAAUCUUAAAAGAAUAAUGUUAGGCCACUGGAGUCUUAAGAAGUGUGAACAUAUGAUCCUUACUGGCUUCAAUUUUGUCAUCAAAUUUAUCACUAGGUGUUUAAGUCAUUCUGGAUUAGGCUAGUUUUAGAAAUGGAGGAUUAAAAGAAAAGAUGUUACUUAAUGGGUCCACAUUCUCUCCUGCUACUUUCUUUUGUAAGUACUAGGUUUUAUUGCCACCAGUUGACUCACAGCACACUCUUUGCUAAAACUCAUUUGAUUCAAGGAGCAGAUAUCUUAGAUAUUAUUAUAAAAUGCACUUAUCUUUUGCUUGUACCACACCAAAAUUAGCAUUGAUAUUGAGCUAUCUGAAUGUAUUCUAUGCAACAGAAAGGCUGCACAUUUUCUUCACAAGGACAUGAAUAUCUUUAGCACACAGUGAUGCUUCAACACAGUCAAAUUGUGUAGAUGCCUUUGAAUACAAUACUACCACUGCAGACUAGAAAGUGAUACAGUUCCAUGACUGACAUUCAGCCACCCCAAGAUCUGGCUUUUAGGGUGGGAUGUUAUGUUACCUUUUUAAGAAGAAUAAAACAAGUUGGUCUCAUUUUCCAAGCAAUAGCCCUUGCACAGAAGAGUUGUGGCUUUAAAAGCUACACCACAUUUGCUGCAGAUAUAUUUCAAUCAUCAGAAGCUACAUAGUGUCUUACUAAAGGUUGAGCACAGUCAGAGACACUAAUCAGGCAUUGCCUCCCAUCCAAGUUUAAACAUUGUAUCAUUGCAUAGGUGUGAAACCUUAGUAGAUAAUUUUAACUUGAACUCUGAGUGUGGUGGCUACACAGAUUCUAGUCCCUUUGUUUUUGAGGCUGUCUCAUGUUUGGCAGCAUCAUGCACCUUGAAGAGCAUGCACUUAGUGGGGCUUAAUCACAGAUAUGCAUGUGUAUUAAUGACUUAAAACUUAGGAGAAAAGAGUGUAUCAAUUAGGGACCGUUAUAAUGGGGGGAAAUUGCAGAAAUGUUUGUUUCUUAAGAAAAGGAUUUUCACACUUGGAUUCUAUUCAAAGUAGAAGAAACUGCUACACAGGUCACACGUUCCUAUUAGGUUGUUAUUUCUAUUUCUCUCUGUCCUCAAAGGCUGUAUGUGAAAGAUUUGGACUGAAAAAUCCAAAUGAGAUUAGUAAUAAAUGUAACUUG